AUGCCGCGACGUCUCUUGCAGCGGCCGUCUAUUUCCGCACCAUUUGGCCCCGUGGUAAACUCUCGGGGCCCAGAUCUUGUCCGGAGCCAAGAGUUUGAGCUCGUCGGCUGCAUAGCAGACUGCGUUUCGGGAUCCGCGGCGCCGUCCGUGUCUGCGGCUUCCAGUCGGUCUCGCCGCAUAUCUGCUGGCUUCGUGAGCGAGCACGCCCCUUCGGCGAGCCCGACCAUUGCAGAGUCGGAACUCAGCGCCAUUACCCUUGUGGGAUCGACCAAGUCGUCCAAAGGCUCGCUAGGCAAGCGGUCGGCGCUCUUCUCCCUCUCGGCCAAGUCCCUCCUGAAGCAGCCGUCCAGAUAUACCUUGAUCGCCACCAAACCUCAGCCUCAUGGGUCGAAAGAGGACAGAGAAAACGUCGCUCCCAUUGCCCCCACGGGGCCGGGCAUCGGGGGAACGGUUACGUCUAAUGGUGCUGGUUCAACCGCUGCUGGACGAAUACCAAGGUCGAAAACCUUGACGGUUUGGCAAGGGCUCAGCAAGUCUUUUUCUAGAACCAGCUUGGCAGGAGGAGCCAAAGCUGCAGCCACAGAGGUUGCAUCUACGCCCAAGAGUCUGCCGGCACCUAGGAAACCCGGCAAGAUGGAAGCGAGCAUCCCCAAGCCAUGCCGUCCUGCAAGCAGCUCAACCACGAUUUGCCAGUCACACGAUGCGCCAAGUCCGCCUGCUGUCAGAUUACACAGGAAUACCAUAGAUGCCCCGCAAACUUCAGAGUACUGGACGGGUCGUUUCACGGCUUUGAACGACCGUAUUCUGUCGGAGAAACUGGCCGAGAGGCCUCUGGUAUCCUCUCCCUGGGAUACCAACCCCUGGCAGCAAUCUUCAACACCUGGUCGCGACUAUGCGUCGCUUGCCUCAUCUACCAAGCGCUCCACAUACCUGCCACCCUCAAACACUACGCCGGCUCUCAGCACCGUGACUUGCAGCAGCCGUAAGCUACCGUCCGACUGUGAAGACGACUUGAGGUGUCAGCGCAUCUUUGGGCAGCUCAACUCGCUGUGUACCACGUCUGAAGCAAAACAGUCUCUCUGGACGUGGCAACAGGCGUAUGCUCGUCGGCUGGGCAAGCCACGACUACUUCCCCAAGAUGGAACCAUGAGUGACAAAGCUCGAACGAGCAGGGUCCUAACCGGCAUGGGGGGUCGUUUCAAGAGUAGCGAGAGACGGGGGACCGUGUUGAAUGAGUUGCCGAGUCCGAGGGGGGGAUCCCUCGCUACGAACCUCGGCUCGUUGCGCGACGUGGCAGUGUGCUGA